UGAAGAACAAGAUGGGCCCGGCCUGGAGCAAACUUAGCCACUUCUUCUUCGCCAACACCGCUCACUUCACUGCCUCUCUCCGCUCAUCACCGCCUCCACGGCGGCGAAAUCCGCCGACAACCGUCGCCUCACUCCCUCUGGUGCUUCGUCUUCACCGUCCACAAAUUCUCUCUAAAUUUAUUUAUACCUGUUCUUCAAUUCGCCGGCUUCCCUAAUAUAUCGGAAUCCCUUUCUCUAUCGAUUUCGACCUCGUUUCUAGGAGUAUAUGAUAGUGUUAUUGAAACGAAAUCGAUUCUUUUGCUAUGGAAGAGAAGGACAGUGGAGUGGUGCUGAAGAAGCUGGUCGAUUCCGUGAGCGAGAUCUCCUCGAUCUCCGGCUUCAGGUGCGUGGUGAGGAAGCAAUGCCGCGAUCUGUCGCGGAGGGUGAAGCUUCUCAUGCCGUUGCUCGAGGAGUUCUUGGAGAUCCGAGAUCAGAUCUCCGAGGAGACACUGAACGGCUUGAUCUUGUUGAAAGGUGCUCUCGAAUCGGCCGUGGAAUUGCUGAAGAUGUGUAACCGCGGCAGCAGUGUAUUGCUUGUUCUGCAAUCAGAAAAAACAAGGAACAAAUUCCUAGAACUGACUGGUCAGUUUGAAGAAGCUCUAAGUUCUAUUUCCUAUGAAAAAGUUGAUAUUCCAGAUGAGCUUAAGGAGCAGGUUGAGCUUAUUCAUGAUCAAUUUAGGAAAGCCAAGGACAGAAUUGAAGCACCUGACUUGCAGCUGUAUGAGGAUCUGCUCUCCCUAUACAACCAGAGCAGUGAUGUGAAUACGGAACCAGGUCUCUUACAUGUAUUAUGUGAAAAAUUAGAGUUAAUGAAUAUUGGACACUUUAAAGAUGAAUCGCUUUCCCUGGAUGAGAUGAUUGCAUCCAGUGGUUCCAAUCUGGAACAAAGCCAAGAGAAAUUGUCAGUGCUAAUGAAAAAGUUAGAAGCUUGUUUGAGAGCCAAAAAUCCAAACAUCAGCAUUCAUAUCUGUGAGAAUUGUUCUGGUGGCGAUCAAGCAUGUGCCCCAGUUAUGCCAGAUGAUUUCCGUUGCCCAAUAUCCCUGGAGUUAAUGAAAGAUCCUGUAAUCAUAUGCACAGGACAGACCUAUGAACGAGCUUCAAUAAAGAGAUGGAUUGAGGCUGGACAUGGAACUUGUCCAAAGACACAGCAGAAACUUUUUAGCACCUCCCUUACACCCAACUAUGCCUUAUCUAGUGUAAUAACACAUUGGUGUGAGACCAAUGGGCUAGAACCACCCAAAAGAUUUGGCAUAUCUCGGCCCUCUGCCUGCUCUGUUGAAGGUGUGGACAUUGAUUCUCUCCUAAGCAAGCUCACAUCUGGCAACAUUGAAGAACAGCGAGCUUCUGCAGGAGAGUUGCGGCUUCUAGCAAGGAAUAAUGGCAAUAAUCGCAUGUUCAUCGCUGAGGCUGGUGCAAUCCCUCUCCUCGUUGGACUCCUCUCAACUCCAGACACCAUCACCCAAGAACAUGCCAUUACUGCUCUCCUGAACCUGUCUAUUUGUGAAGAGGAUAACAAACGAAACAUCGUAUCUUGUCAGGCAGUUCCUGAAAUCCUUCAGGUACUGAAGAAUGGGAGUAUGGAAGCACGGGAAAAUGCAGCAGCCACCAUAUUCAGCCUGGCCGUAUUGGAUGAGUACAAGGUAACAAUUGGUGCCAUGGGUGCAAUCCCAGUAUUGGUGACACUUCUGAGAGAAGGCAGCCAAAGGGGGAAGAAGGACGCUGCAGCAGCUCUUUUCAGCUUGUGCAUAUUCCAGGGCAACAAAGUAAGGGCUAUUAGGUCUGGAUUGGUUCCUCUGCUAAUGUCACUGCUGACAGAACCCCAUAGUGAAAUGGUAGAUGAGGCGUUGGCCAUUGUGGCGAUGCUAGCCAGCCAUUCUGAGGGGAAGGCAGCGAUAGGAAGUUUUGAGGCUGUGCCACUAUUCGUGGAGCUGAUUCGAAGUGGAUCUCCCAAGAGCAAAGAGAAUGCAACCGCAGUGCUGGUGUACCUUUGUGCUGAUCACCGCCAUCUGUCAGAGGCUCAAGGCCUAGACGUGGUUAAUCUACUGCGCGACUUGUCUGAGAAUGGCACGGACAGGGGUAGGCGGAAAGCUGCACAAUUGCUUCAGAUUCUGAGCAACAGGACAGAGCAGCAGCUCGAACAAGCUCGGGCUCAGAUCGACGGACAGACCCAGGCCCAGACCGAGGUUCCCACCUGGUCCUUGCAGUUUACGGUCAUAGCCAGUGUGGAUGCUAGCUGAAAACCUCCUUCCUUGGCUUCUCAUGGCUUUUCUUGGAUCAGCCUAUCACCAAGCAACUCUUCCAUAACAUAUAUGUUGUCUGUGUGCAUAACAUCUUGAGUCAUCGCUCAAAACUACUGGUUAAAGAUGAGUUUUCGUGAGUUUAUAGGAUCAAGUAAACGCAUACAAGAUUUUUGGAGUAAACGACAGAUAUGGGAUUGGGUUGUGAUAGUACGUAUAUAAUAUGUAUAGUAUCCAAUUAGUCUCUACUAAUCAUAAAAGGGACAGUACGCCA